GGAACACUCGAUACACAUAUAGUUACACGGUCACACAGUUUGCGCGAUGGUCGUGCACGUUACUAUUAAUUGUUUUUUGUGAUUACUAGUAUAUGAUAGUAAUUGUUAUUUCUUUAUUGAAGCAAGAAUGACUGAGCAUAAUUUUCCGCCUCUACAAAACGACCGGCUGCUCAAAGCUGCUCGAGGAGAACCGGUCGACAAGGUUCCUGUUUGGAUUAUGCGACAAGCUGGAAGACAUUUACCCGAAUUCAGGGAAAUUCGUUUGAAACAUGAUUUUUUUACCAUCUGUCGAACACCUGAGCUUGCAUGUGAAGUCACUCUGCAACCCAUAAGAAGAUUUGACUAUGACGCUAGUAUAAUAUUUUCUGACAUCUUAGUUAUCCCACAGGCUAUGGGAAUGGAAGUGCAAAUGAAAACUGGAGUUGGUCCAGUUUUACCAGAACCCCUGACAGACCCGUCUCAUUUAUCAAGAUUGAUAACACCCGAUGUCGAGAAAACUUUGGGUUACGUUGGCGAUGCUAUAACGCUAACACGACAACGUUUACAAGGAAAAGUACCCCUCAUAGGUUUCACUGGGGCACCGUGGACAUUAAUGGGCUACAUGGUACAAGGCGGUGGUAGUUCAACAAUGGCCCAAGCCAGGUCUUGGCUUUAUCAUUAUCCGGAAGCUUCGCAUCAGCUGCUACAACAGAUUACUAAUGUUGUCAUUGAUUACUUGGUGAUGCAAGUAAAAUCUGGUGCUCAGCUCCUACAAGUAUUUGAGAGUUCGGGUGACUUUUUAAACGACGAAUUAUUUCAAAAAUUUUCUCUGAAAUAUCUUAAGCAAAUCAACGAAGGAGUGAGAAAAAAACUGGAUGAGCUUAACAUUCCCCAAGUUCCAAUGACUGCGUUUCCUAAGGGUGCUACCUUAAAUUCUCUUGAAAUGCUCUCCAAGGAAAGUGGAUAUGAUGUGAUUGGAUUGGAUUGGACGGUAGAUCCUGCAGAAGCAAGGGCUCGAUUAGGACCAAAUGUUACUCUGCAAGGGAAUAUGGAUCCUUGUGCACUAUAUGCAUCAGAGGCUGAAGUAUUCCAACGUGCUGCAAAUAUGGUCGAAAAAUUCGGCAAGGAGCGAUACAUUGCAAAUUUGGGUCAUGGUAUUUUACCGGAUGCACCGAUUGCGUCUGUUCAGGCUUUUGUCACGGGCGUUCACUCGGUUUGAUAGAUACAAUAUCACACGAAAUCACUGUGAUAGUGAAGUCUGCAGCAUUGAAUGUUUCUUACAGAUAUAAAUCUGCAUUUUCGCAGUAUCAAUGACUUGACAAUUCACAACUAUUUUUUUAUACAGUUAUUUGAAUUAUUAAUCACAAGUUUUAUUGAUAUCAAUAGGACUGGAAAUACAACACUGAGAAACUUAAUGUGAAUUACUAGGCCUGCUUUAUUCUUCAAUAAUUCAGCCUGCCAACUGGAAUGUCUAGAUUCAUUUUGUUACUUGCAAUUUACAAUGUCAUAUACUAUUGGAUGCUAUAUACAAUGAAUUAGAUUUUUUUCUUUUUAUACAUUAUGAGCUUAAUCAUCGUUGUUGAAAAUAAAAAAGUU